GUAAGCAGAGCUCGGGCAAUCCGUAUACAGCCCGCCCCCGCGGCGGAGGUGCCGGGUGAAGCCUGCGACCCAGCGAGUAGCAGCCCCGCCUUUGCCGCUAGGAGUGUGCUUUCACGGGGGGAUCGGGGCAAACCAAGGAAGGCGAAGACCCCGGGCGUGCCUCUGUGUGCGUACCCCUCAUUCCCCGGCACCAAGGCUGCUCGAGCCCUAGGGUGUUUUUUCCUUGCCCCGCUACCUUCUGGUCCCUGGCCCAACAUGAUACUGACCAAAGCCCAGUACGACGAGAUAGCCCAGUGCCUAGUGUCUGUGCCGCCCACCAGGCAGAGCCUGAGGAAGCUGAAGCAGAGGUUCCCCAGUCAAUCGCAGGCCACUCUGCUGAGCAUCUUCUCCCAGGAGUACCAGAAACAUAUUAAAAGAACACAUGCCAAACAUCAUACUUUGGAAGCGAUUGAAAGUUAUUACCAGAGGUACCUGGAUGGAGUGGCGAACAAUGGAGCUGCCCCAGUGCUCCUGGAGCUGGCCAAUGAGGUGGACUAUGCACCCUCGUUAAUGGCUCGCCUUAUACUGGAGAGGUUUCUACAGGAACACGAAGAAACUCCACCCUCCAAGUCUGUUAUAAAUAGUAUGCUACGGGACCCUUCUCAGAUUCCAGAUGGAGUUCUAGCAAAUCAGGUCUAUCAGUGCAUUGUGAACGACUGCUGUUAUGGACCACUGGUGGACUGCAUCAAGCAUGCCAUUGGUCAUGAGCACGAAGUCAUGCUGAGAGACUUGCUUCUAGAGAAAAACCUGUCAUUCCUAGAUGAAGAUCAGCUCCGUGCAAAGGGUUAUGACAAAACACCAGACUUCAUUUUACAAGUACCAGUUGUAAUGCUUUGUCCCUUAGCUGUAGAAGGCCACAUAAUUCACUGGAUUGAAAGCAAAGCCUCAUUUGGUGAUGAAUGUAGCCACCACGCCUACCUGCAUGACCAGUUCUGGAGCUACUGGAAUAGGUUUGGGCCUGGCCUGGUCAUCUAUUGGUAUGGAUUUAUCCAGGAGCUGGACUGCAACCGGGAGAGGGGCAUCCUGCUCAAAGCCUGUUUCCCCACAGACAUUGUCACCUUAUGUCAUAGUAUAGCUUGACCUUGAAGAUCCUGGAAGAGAAGCUAGAAGAAAAAGGUGAAUCCAGAAGCAAUUUUGUUUUCCUGUCAUGUAAACUCCCAGCAACAUCUGUCCUGAACUUCAGCUGAACUCUUGCUGCCCGUGGUCACACCACUACCUUUUUAGACAAACAUCAAGAGUUUCUGUUUUCCUUCAUCUCUUGCUGAUGUGAACAGCUAAGAACUACAGACACAACCCACUCAUUAUCAGCAUUUCUGUCUCUGUCAAACAGUUAGUUUAUAGAUAGUCAUGAUCUUUCUUUCUUCCAGAUAGUUUCUCCUUGUAUGUCGAACACAAGAAAAAAAAUGUGAAGACUGAAAGGUGUGACUUUUCAAUUCUCCUCCCAGUUACCAAAUCACCCUCUCAUUUUUUUUCUAAUUCUCCAUUCCUUCUCUCUCCCUGCUCCCUUUCUCUCCAUAUGAACUCACAGAGACCCAGUGUUGCCUUAUCCUCAUGGAAUAAUCUAGCACAAACCUGGAAAAGCUGAAAACACAAAGUCACUAAAUGUUCACGCUCUCCUUCAGGCUCCAGUAGACCUAUACGGCCACUUGUACUGUGUGCUUGUGUUGUCCAGUCUUUGAGCUUGCCCGACUUCUGUGACAUUAAGCCAAGCUGCAAAAAUAUUCUGGAUGAGAAUUUCCUCUUUAGAAUGCUUACUAGAACACCAAAUAUUUUACAUUCAUCUCAUUUAAAAAUAUGAGUUACAUUGUGUCUGGAAACUACACUUCUUUGGCCGAAGGCUGAGAGGAGGGGAAAGUAGCUCCCUGCCAGCACUGAGGAGAGUUUACUUUUCAACGUGGUUGGUUGUCAGUAUGUAUGGAAGCCAGUAUUUUUAUAAGUUGAAUUUUUUAAAAGCACAUUCUGUAAACUGCUUUGUACAUGCAUUUUAUACCACAUAAUUAUAUAACACUCACAUAAUUUAGGCAUUAGAAAUGUUCAGCGUUGAAUGAACUAAGUGUACCAGAAAUAAACCUAGAACAAUUUUUAAAUAAACAAAAUAAAGGAGAUUUUGUACUUGUUAACUUUAAUUUAUUCCUUUUCAUUUACUGAAAACCAUGCUUCAGUCUAAAGCAAAACAUCAAUAAGUUAAUAUUAAACCUAUCUUUUGGGAAGUUAAAAAUUAACCUGUGCCCAAAAUGUAUUGAGUAAAAUAUUUGCCCCCAUGCUGACAUUUAUAAUGCUGUAGGGGUGAUUUUGGAAAUAUUAAUAACAAUGUAAGUUUUACAAACACCGUUCAGUUAUAGUCAUUGCUUAGUUCUUUCAAAAAACUAAAUAUAUAAUUUUCACUUUGUUAAUUUUGUGCCUAAAAAGGUUUGGGGAAAAUCUGCCUGCAGGUUUUCCUUUCAAGGGACACAUGUCGGGUCCAAACACUUGUGGAUUUUAACUCUAGCAGGCUGUGUUAAAUCAAAGGAGAGAGGCAGAAGAUACAAUGCUAAAGAAGUAUCAGACAAACUUUUGUAUUGUGUAAAAUUCAUCAUGCAGAUUUUGUGAGUGAAACAAUGAUUUGAAACCAUUACUCUGCUGCCUUGACACACACACACUUACACACACACACAUUUAAACAAAAAUGUUGUUAAAAGCAGGUUUCAUGGCAUGCUCUAAACUGCUUUUUCUGCUUUAGGAAUAAAUUACAUUUAUCUGCACAGAUGUUGAAAAUCCUGUUAAACCCUUGUCAAGGAUUUGUUUGUUUUACGUUAAACAAAUUUAUGAUGAGUGUGCACAAAUAAAUUAAAAAAUAAAAACGG